AUGGUUCAAUCCCAGAUAUACCGUUACAUGUUUACCACAAGUGGGAUAUUUGGAUUUUACUUGCCUCCGGCGAAUUACCAGCGGCGGGUUUUGAAGCAGCUUACGAGGCGUAUAGAAGGUGCUAUACGUGACCCUGAUGAAGAUGAUAUCUCCGGACCCCUUAUGGAGAAGAUGGCACACCUAUCCACAUUGGAAGACCCAUCACCACUAGAAACCGCCGAAGCGAAAUCAGUAUUGACAUAUAUACUACCAUCAACUACGGAAACCGUUCUCCCCAAUGCAGUCUUUAUUGAGGAAUGCCCAAGUCUGGUAGCAUCUGGCGGAAAUACAGGCCUCAGAACCUGGGCCGCUUGUCUCCACCUCGCAACGUACCUUGCCACCGAAGCAAAACAUCUCGUACUCGGCAAAUCCGUCUUGGAGCUCGGAGCUGGCAGAGGGCUUUUAAGCAUCAUCUGCGCUGGGCCCCUCUCUGCGGCUUACGUGUUAGCCACGGACGGGGACCGGCACGUGCACGAAACCAUCACGCGGAAUGUUAAUCUAAAUCCCCAUUUGGCCAGGAAACCCGGCCGGCAGAAUCCCUUGGAUGCGAGAGUGCUGGAAUGGGACUCCUCGGCUCCUCUUGGGAGCCUCCUCCCAAGUAAAGGUGGCAACGUGCUAUAUGACACCAUUCUCGGCGCUGAUAUCACCUACGAUCCUGACUCGUUAGAGCCAUUAGCCUCAACGCUUAGUGGUUUGGCCGAGUUGUGUCCGACUGCUAACAUCGUUAUCGCGGCUACCAUUAGAAAUGUGGACACCUUUGACAUCUUCCUUGCGCACUGUCUCGAACAGGGCCUUAGUGUGUACGAUAUCGAUUUUCGUUGCCCACCAUUCGAGUUACAAGAAGGUCUCUUCCACAGCCUGGAUCCGCCUAUACGCAUUGUGAGAAUCAAGAAAGAGGGUUGA